CCGAUUCUGUUGGAAGCGGAGGCAAAACCUGGCCGGUUGUCUCUUUAAAUCGGCUCUGCAGUGUGCCGGGCGGCCGGCGGGGCUGGGAAGAACCAUUCUGCCCUGCCGCAGGGAGCCGGGCCACAGCCCGCCCAGUGCCAUCAGCGCCUCCCCCAUCCCCAUGGUUACGGCUCCUGCUUCCCGGCCCGGUCCCCGUGCCCGGCUGUCGCCCGCCCUCCGAAGCAGGCGCAGAGGCGGCUGGCGGUCCCCACGCGGAGCUCUGGAAGCCACCCGCGGAGAAUUGCAUUGAAUGUCUGCGGGUCCUGGCUCUGACUCACUCUCUCGGUGCAGUGCCCGUGGCGCCGUGGCCGGGCUGCAGUCUUGCAAUCUGUUGAUAACUCCACUUGCUAGCUCGGAAUGGGAAACUGCUCGCCGGCACAGAGAACUCGCCACAGCCCGUCGGCACCGCGCGGCGCAGAGCCGGGGCUCCCGCUGCCUCUGCCUGAAUAGAUGGGGACAACCUCGUGACCCUCACCCGCCCCACCGUCGCCCUGAGGCCCCUGGCCCCGGGCUGGACCCCACAGCCACUGUGUGGGACCUUGACCUUCGGGACGGCCAUGGAGGCCGGCGGGGAGGAGGGUGCCACAUAAUCGGCUCGGCGGCGACCCCGCUCCGUCCGCACUCUGGCUGCAGGAGCUUCGCAGGGCUCAUGGAUUUGAAAAGCGUGCUCUCCCUGCCCCAGGACCCAGGGGAGUCCCUGCACCCCGUGGUGUAUGCCUGCACCGCCGUCAUGCUGCUCUGCCUCCUCGCCUCUGUCAUCACUUACGUCGUGCACCAAAAUGCCAUCCGGAUCAGCCGGAAAGGCCGGCACACGCUCCUCAACUUCUGCUUUCACGCGGCUCUGACCUUCACAGUGUUCGCCGGCGGCGUGAACCGCACCACAUACCCAAUCCUGUGCCAGGCGGUGGGCAUCCUGCUGCACUACUCCACGCUGGCCACCAUGCUGUGGAUCGGGGUGACCGCCAGGAACAUCUACAAGCAGGUGACCAAGAAGGCCCCGCCCUGCCCCAGGCAGCCCCUGCUCAGGUUCUACCUCAUCAGCGGAGGGGUGCCCUUCAUCAUCUGCGGGGUCACGGCCGCCACGAACAUCAGGAACUAUGGGACAGAGGAUGAGGACGGGCCCUACUGCUGGAUGGCCUGGGAGCCCAGCCUGGGCGCGUUCUACGGGCCGGCGGCCUUCAUCGCGCUGGUCACCUGCGUGUACUUCCUGGGCACCUACGUCCAGCUGCGGCGCCACCCAGAGCGCAGGUACGAGCUCAGGCCGCGGGCGGAGGAGCAGCGGCGACUGGCAAUGCGCGAGGCCAGCCACAGCCCCGGGGCUCCGCCCGGCACGCCGCCCGCCUGCGACGCCCUGGCCGCCUCGCUGCUGCAGAACGAGCACUCACUCAAGGCCCAGCUGCGGGCCACCGCCUUCACGCUGUUCCUGUUCACGGCCACCUGGACCUUCGGGGCGCUGGCCGUGUCCCAGGGCCACUUCCUGGACAUGAUCUUCAGCUGCCUGUACGGCGCCUUCUGCGUGACGCUGGGGCUCUUCGUGCUCAUCCACCACUGUGCCAAGAGAGACGACGUGUGGCAGUGCUGGUGGGCCUGCCGCCCCUCCCGCGGCAUCGCCACGCUCGGUGCCCACCCCACGCUCGACACCAACGGGGACGCACUGGGACCCGUGGCCUGCCGGCGGGACUCGCCGCGUCCGGGCAAACCGCGGGGCUUUGGCCCCCCCGCCGCCGGCCACUGCAAAAUGACCAACCUGCAGGCGGCCCGGGGCCACGUCAGCUGCCUGUCACCAGCCACGCCGUGCUGCGCCAAGAUGCACGGUGAGCGGCCGACGGAGGACGCGGCCCACGUCCAUGUGCACGAGGAGGACCCCUUUGGGCAUGACCCGCACCUGCACGGCUGCCUCCAGGGCAGAACUAAGCCCCCCUACUUCGGCCGCCACCCGGGGGCCGCAACGCAGGAGUGCGCCUACCACGUCCCGUCCAGCCCGGACGGCAGCCCCCGCAGCUCACGCACGGACAGCGCCCCCAGCUCGCUGGAGGGCCCGGUGGGGGCACACGCACUGGCCUGCUGCGCCCAGGGCGACCCCUUCCCCCUGGUCAGCCAGCCCGAGGGCAGCGACACGGCACUCUACGGCUGCCCGCGGAGGCCAGCCAGGGCGGUGGCCCACGGCCCGGCCCACUUCGAGAUGCUCCGGAGGACGCAGUCCCUGCCCUUCGGCGGGCCCGGCCAGAACGGGCUGCUCCAGGGAGACAUGUGUGAAGUCCUGUCCUUCAGCGCGGACGGCACGGGCAACAUCCGGACAGGGCCGUGGAAGAACGAGACCACCGUGUAGCAGCCCCUGGCGGUCCCGCCACGUGAGGCCGGUGGGGCGUCGCCCCCCACAACCCCCUUCUCUGCGAAGGACCCACGCGGGAAGACGCCGUGGGUCACCUCCGCGUCCACCAGCCCUGCGGUCAGACAGGCCGUCCGUGUCUCAGUCACUGGCUUUCCGACCCCCGUGCCCAGUGUCCGGGCUGGCCCGGGAACAGAGCAGGGGUUCCAUCAGGGGAAUCACCCUCGGCACCUGGCAUGUGCCCCAUCUGCCCCACCGGCCUGGUCACGGCAGAAGACGUGCCACCCACGUCUUCCAGUGGCCGGUGUGUGUUUCGUCGAGCUUUGUUCCAAGGCGCAGCUGGGCCUGCUACUGCCCGGUACAGGGUGCUCUGGACCUGGGCCGUCACCACCAGCCUCUCCGCCAGCCGCCGUCUGAGGCAGAAGGCCACGUCGGCGCCUCUGCUCAGCACCUGUCCUACCUGCGGCCCCCACAGGCUCAAGAGCGUCACGGACGCCGGGGCUUGUCACCACAAUCCGGGAGCGUGUGGGAACCGGGGCGGGGGGGGGGGGGCUGCCACUGUUCUCCAGGGCGCCGGCUGGGGCCUUCGAGGGGGCCCGCGCCUUCCGAAACGCCCCAGUGUCCUUCAGCAGACUUGACCGUCAAAGCCAGCCACUGUUGGGACCAUACCCCGCCCCAAGGAGGGCAUUUGGGGCCAUAAAGUUCCCUGCCCCGAAAAGAAGGGGCUGGCAUUUCCGUGAGCACCUGGGCACAAGCCCGGACUCGGUUUUGGUGAGCUUUGUGUGCAGUAAGGGGCCUGUCCCCGGGCAAGGGAACAUUCUGAGGAACACGUGUGUGAGACUGUGCACGGCCGUUCUGCGGCACACAUACGCGCACGUGUGUACACGCAUGUACACACAUACCACACACCGUGCACACAGAGUUCACGUCGCCCAGACAUCCGAGCACCGGGUCCCACUGCAUAGCCGUCAUCUCCGUGCCUCCUCCGUGUGCCCCGCUGUCUGGGCAGGGGUGCUUCACCAGGAGCAGGCCCUCCUAACGCACGCAGGGAGGCGAGGGGGCGUGUCGGGGGUCCCCAGGGCCAGCAACGCUCAGUAUCUGAGCACAAGGAGCCUUGCUUCCCAGGAUUCUUGCAAACCUGACAAUGUCCUGGACCAGCCACAAACCCCACGUGUCCUCACAGGUCAACCAGAUGGGCAACCAGAUGACCGCCGGGCAGUUUCUGUCUCUGUCCAGCCUGCUCGCCUGCUUCCGUAGCCGAUAGGAGCCAGAGGCCCGACGCUGUGCUGUGUACACGCUGUAGAUGCAGAACCUCACACGAAAUACAGUAUUUUGCACUGUU